AUAAAAAGGGAUAACACAGAAAAAGGCUAGCCUAGUGUGGCUUUCCACAUGUGAAGAGAAGACGUGACAAAUAAUUUGCUAAAUCUUUAGCUUCAGAACUACAUCAUGAUAUUGAUUGUCUCUGUUGUCAUGCUGCUCUUAGAGGCAGGAAGAUCCUCAUCUUCCUCAGCCUCAGGCUUGGAGAAUCAGAUCUUUCAAUACAUCGAUCUUCAUCAAAAUGAAUUUAUUAAGAUCCUUAAGGAAUGGGUGGCAGUGGAAAGUGAUUCUGUUCAACCACGGCUAACACAAGAAGUGACACGAAUGAUGGAAAUAGCAGCAGCCAGGCUUCAAGCUUUAGGAGCCACUGUUGAGUUAGCACAGCUGGGUACCUCCCAGCUGCCUGAUGGCCAGAGCCUUCUGUUGCCUCCUCUGAUUCUAGCAGAACUUGGUAAAGAUCCACAAAAACCCACUGUGUGUUUCUAUGGACACCUGGAUGUACAGCCUGCCAAAAAAGAAGAUGGAUGGGAAACUGACCCUUACACACUGACUGAAUCUGAUGGAAAUCUUUAUGGGCGUGGAGCAUCAGAUAACAAAGGACCUGUCUUGGCAUGGAUAAAUGCAGUGGAAACAUUCAAAGCACUAAAAUUAGACAUGCCAGUAAACUUCAAGUUCAUUAUUGAAGGUUUGGAAGAAGUGGGAUCUCCAGGACUAGAGAAAUUAAUUAAAGACAAAAACCAGCUUUUUUUCUCUGACGUUGACUAUAUUGUGAUUUCGGAUAACCUUUGGCUUAGCAACAGGAAGCCAGCCCUCACCUAUGGGACGCGGGGAAGUAUCUGCUUCUUUGUGGAGGUACAAGGUGGUGAGAGAGAUCUUCAUUCAGGAACUUUUGGAGGCAUCAUUCAUGAACCAAUAACUGAUCUAAUAGCUCUGCUUGAUAGCCUAGUGGAUAUAUCAGGUCGUAUUCUGAUCCCUGGAAUCUAUGAUGAUGUUUCUAUCCUUACGGAAGAGGAAAAGAAGUUGUAUGAAUCCGUUGAAUUUGAUGUAGAGGGACAUAAAAAUAUUAGUGGUGUGAAAAAAUUCCUGUAUGACAACAAGGAGGAAAUACUUAUGAACAUGUGGCGGUACCCCUCUCUCUCUAUUCAUGGGAUUGAAGGAGCUUUUCAUGAACCAGGAAUAAAAACAGUGAUACCCAUACGAGUAAUAGGGAAAUUUUCAAUCCGGCUAGUCCCUCACAUGAACAUUUCAAUUGUAGAACAUCAGGUGAAACAAUAUUUAGAGGAUAUAUUCUCUAAGAGAAGCAGUCCAAACAAACUGAUGGUGUCUGUGCCAUUGAGUGCAGUACCAUGGCUUGCUGACAUUAAUAACACUCUGUAUACAGCAGCAAAAGGGGCAAUCAAAACAGUUUUUGGACAAGAUCCAGAUAUGAUCCGGGAUGGCUCAACAAUUCCUAUUGCCAGAAUGUUCCAAAAUAUAACAAAGAAGAGUGUGAUGAUGUUUCCAAUUGGAGACGCUGAUGCUGGGGAGCAUUCCCAAAACGAGAAAAUAAGCAGGAGCAAUUAUUUUCAAGGAACAAAACUGUUUGCAACCUUUUUCUUGGAGAUUGCAAAGCUGCAUGAACAAUUACAGGAAGCCUCCACAAUGAAGACUACAAACUGAUGGACUCUGGAAAGACAAUAAGCUAUAUGUCUGCCUGUUGCCUUAAGCAUUCUAAACCUCCUUCUUUACUCUGGAGAAACGUAUAAACAAUAAAAUAUUUAGAAGUGCA